GAAAACGAAUGGCAACCCGCGUUUUGUGAAGCAUAAACAACUUAGAAGUUCAGGAAAGUCAACUCAGAACAAAAAGAAAUUUUUCGUGUCGGUUGACAUUUUUUAUACAUCCGUAUUUUCUACAUUAUUUAUUUAUUAUGCCCUCUAGUUUGGAGUAUAGAGAUAAAGAGAGGCAGAGAAAACGAGAAAGUAGGCGGCAAGCAAGCCAAGCUUAACGAGAGAGAGAGCGGCAGAGAGCUUGAGAAAGGAGGCGAAACUGCUCUGACGAGCAACGGGAGAGGGAGCAAGAAAGAAACAGAGAAAGGAGGCGCAAUUUUACUGACGAGCAACGGGAGAAAGAGCAGGAAAGGGAUAGAGAAAGGAGGCGCAAUUUUACUGAUGAGCAACGGGAGAGAGAACAUGAAAGGGAUAGAGUCGAGAAAAGAGGCGCAAUUUUAUUUAUGAGCAACGGGAGAGAGAACAGGAAAGGGACAGAGAAAGGAGGAAACAUUUUACUGAGGAGCAACGCGAGAGAGAGCAAGAGAGAAACAGAGAAAGGAGGCAAAAUUUUACUGACGAACAACGGGGAAAAGCGCAAGAAAGAGAAAGGGAAAGGCGACAAAAUUUCACUGAAGAGCAACUGGAGAAUGAACGAGAGAGAGCAAGAGAAAAUAGACGCCUAAUAAGCGACGAGCGGCGAAGAAGGGAGCGAGAGACAGCAAGGGAAAACAGGCGUCGUAUAAACGAAAAACGAACGAGAAGGAGGAGAAGGUGAGCGAAUUUUUGCCGAGGUUAGCUUUCUGUUAUAAGAAUCGGGGAUUUUACGAAAACAGAGGUAGCUUUUGUUUUGUUUGUUAAUCAAUAACCUCUUUGUAAUUGCAUCAGUUGUUUUGGACCAAUCACCACACGUCAUUUGUUGUCACGCAGUCUAGAGUUGAUACUUUUAUCAUCCAUUGAAGUUGACCUGUGUCCUCCAAGUUCGUUGAAGAGAAACGAUAUGAUUGGAAUUUCACUUUAACAAGACAGUCGCGUCCAAGAUAAAAUUAUAGAGUAACCUUAUAAUUCGUGCUCCUCGGUGUAUUUUCGUUGUUUCUGGCGCGGAAAAUAAGGUAAUCUUAAAUUGUAUUAAUGAAAUUUUAUCGAAAAUUAUAACCAUUGCCAUGUGUCCGAUGCAUCGCUGAAUGAAUGAUAACUCCUUAUGUAAAUUUUAGGCGACUCUGGCCUCUGUGACAAGUUAAAAUGAUUCAGUGUUAGAGGAUUGUAAAUUAUACGGUCUGUGAAAGCGUUGUUAUGUUUUCUGAAAAGAGAACAGAGAGCACCUUGAAUUUGAAGAUUUUCAAUGUCUGUUGAAAGAGCGUUUUGGUGCAGAUUGUUCGAGCUUACCUCUAUUUGUUUUAUUCAGGGUAAACAGAAUUUGAAGGAUCUAUUCUCCCUCUUGUAAUUGAAAUAACUUUUAUUAUUUUACUAUAAAUCUAGGCUUUUCCAUUUUGUAGAUACCUAUCUUCGAGUGUUUAAGAAUAUAAAUGGGGAUCUAUGUAAAUAAGGAGGGCAGCCAGGGUUAGAAAUUAUUUUUGAAUGUUGACAGGCCAAACAAAUUUAAGCUCGGUCAUGUCUAGUUACUAACCGGUCAAAAUAAAUUAUUACCUGCCAAACAAAUUUUAGCUCGGACCGGUCAAAAGACAGUAAAAACUCGUAGGUAAGAACCUGGAUUUUCCCAUUGCAUUAACAGGUACGUUCUUACAAAAAUAGUUAUUGGCAAAAAAUUUGUCUAUUUUUCUAAAAUGAAAAGGUUCUUAUUUUCUGCAGGAAAAAAACAUUGCAGCUUAUGUCUCCCAAAGAGGUUCACCUGAAUAUUUUCCAGGUGUAUGGAAUUUUUUUUAUAGAUUUGAGAAAAUAAAGAUGUGUGUCAACUAUUGGGCUAAACAGGUUCUUGUAUAGAGCCUGGGGCCUAAUUAUAACUGGCAAGUUUAGCCAAACAGGUUCCUAAAAGCCAGGUUCUUAGUCACAGCUAGGUUUUUACUGUAUUGAAGACAUUGUACUUUGCAGUAAUAGCCAAAUUAAGACAAAAAUUAUGUGAUCAUAAAUGCUCAAAAACUCCUUGUGUUGAGAGAUGGGGAAAUAUUAUAAACCAGUUUUGAGUGUGGUUAUCAAGUUGUUCAUUCAUUGGAGGGUACAGUGUAGUAAAUAAUAUUUCCAAGAAUAUUGUCAUGCUCAGCUCGUUUAUUCUUAAAAACAAUUCCCCAUAAGAGUUAAACCAGAAAUCACAACUUUUGGCUCAGUAUUGUUCUGACAUGUUUUCUUUGAACAAUAGGUGUAUGUAGGGGUGAGGGAAAAUUCUUGCCCAACUAAAGAUUUUAUCUUAUCCUCUUAGCCAUGGAAGAACAUGAAAGUCAGGUCCUCCAGGUUGAAUGUAGCAUGGAAUGCUCUCUGCACUGGUGAACAAGAGCAAAGUCACUCAGCAGGUACUGAUAUAGUUCAUAAGCUUCUUUUCUUGUUCAGCAAAACCAGCUUGUGGCUUCAAACAACGUCAUAACAAGCGACCAAGGUAAUAGUUUUUCUCCGUUGUUCUUACUUUUGUAACUGCUCCAAAAGUCCAAAUUCACAGUAAUUUUGAUGGCUGUUAAGAAUUAUUUUUCUUCACAUUAUCUGCCAGGUUUUUUUAGCUGUCCCGCUGUGUAAAAUCCUAGAAUCUCGAUGAGUUUUUAAAGUGUUCAUCUUUACAAUGUUUUGAUUUUUCAUUCAUCCAGUCCAGGAGAGUCGGUUCAUGCGUUGACAGUGCUGAUAGACAUGUGACAUGUGAAUAGCGGAACUCCCUUGUCUUUUCUGGUUUGUUCUAACAAGAUUCAAAGGGAUUUUGUGGGCGUUUUUAAUAAAAUAAUUAUUCCACUUGCGCUUGUUGGAUGAGAUGAUUAUUGCCAACUCGGCGCUAUGCGUCUCGUUAGCUAUUUUCCAUCUCAUAUCCAACGUGCCCUCGUGGAAUAAUUGUUAAUUAUAAAAUAACUAAGAUAGUACGUGCAUUCUGAUUGGUUAAAAACCAAUAGUUUAUUGUGCCGGUAAAAUCAUAGAAAACUGAAACAUGCUUUAAAGUUAUUUUAUAAAAGUAAAAGACCACAUUUUCUAAAGGUUUGCUGGUGUGAUAACCCACUUGGGAUGUUGGGAGAAGACUGGAAAAGCUUGUAAACCACCAGCUUAACUUAUCAGAUCUCUGGGCCUCAUGCCCCCAAACCCCCCCUUAGAUACGGUACUCUCGCUUUACCAGCACUUGGUGUCAGGCACCAGUUACUUUACAUUGGGAGCUGGCUACUCUAAAACUUCUGGAAAACACUGAACAAUAGAAAUAUAUAAGAACCAAUGACCCCCGGGGGUCACAAUCUGCUUGCUUAUCUUCUUAGCCAUGGAAGAACAUGAAAGUCAGGUCCUCCCGGUUGAAUGUAGCAGAAAAUGCUCUCUGCUUGGUGAACAAGAGCAAAGUCAAUCAGCAGGUACUGAUAUAGUUCAUGGUAGAUGGUAUUUAUUAUAAAACUUAAUAAAUAUACAUGGAAAAAUUUCUUGAAUGAGAUUGGCUUAGAGCAGUGCAGUUUUUAGUAAACACAGUAAAAAAAAACAAGGAAACAUAAUGCAAAAAUAAGGAAAUAAAGUGCAAAUUUCUCAGAGAAUGAAAACCUGUGAACAAUCAGUGUUCUCCAGAAGCGCAGGCGACUGGUGGUUUCGCUGGCUACUCUUAUGACUCAAAACAGUAAAAAAAACUGUCUGUACCUUUUAUCUUGAAUUUUUCAGAAGGUCCUAAAAGAAACAAAAACAAUAGCUUGUCGUACAAAAAGCUCUUUGGUGUAUGACAAUUUGCCUUUUGCUAAUGGUAUUAUCGAUAUAUUUACUGAAUGAUUUUUGAUGAGACAUUGCCAGAUAAUAUUUUUAAAUUAUAAAAUAACUAAGAUAGUACAUGCAUUCUGAUUGGUUAAAAACCAAUAGUUUAUUGUGCUGGUAAUCUCAUAGUAAACUGAAACAUGCUUUAAAGUUAUUUUAUAAAAGUAAAAGACCACAUUUUCUAUGGAUUUACCAGCAUGAUAACUCACUUGGUUCUUGGGAGAACUCUGGAAAAGCUUGUAAAUAACGAGCAAAACUUCUCAGAUCUCUGGGCUUAAUGCCCCAAACCCCUCCCUUAGAUACAGUACUCUCCUUUAUCAGUGCUUGGUGUCAGGCACCAGUUUCUUUUUGCUUUGGGAGCUGGCUACUCUAAAACUUCUGGAUAAUGUAUCGGUCAAAUCGAAGCUUCAACAUGCCCCCCGGGCAUUUGACUUUUUGAAAAUUAUUGUUCAAAUUCCCCCCCGGGGCCCAAAAUGCCGUUCAAAUGCCCCACACUAGGGUCCAUUCAGGUGAUCAAAUGCCCCCAUCCUGGGGACAUUUCACAGGCACAAAAAUGACGGAAGGACGGCGGAAACGCCUUCAGUUGUCGAACAAAAUCUUUAUAAAUAUAACAAAAACACUGUUAGCGUAUUUACUACGAACAAAAAACUCGUGCAAAGCGGCAGAAAUCGCUGCUACAAGGUCACUGAAUGCUCAGCUUUUCUUCAUCAUGCAACAUCCAAAGGGUUCUAUAAAAAAAGAUCCCACCUAUUGAGAUUACUACAUCAUGACCAUUUCACUGACAUGCAUCAUCGCUCACCGUAUAAAUUAACAUACUUGCAGUAGGUCAAAGUAGUUGACCUGAUCUUUUUAUUUUAUUUUAUUCUAUUUUAUGUUGUAGUAUUGAAUCGCUGGCAUAGGUAUUGUAUUUCAUUGUAAACACAACAAUAACAUACAUUCAUACAUUCAAAGCCUGAAUCCAGUAUUAAAAAUUUUAAAAUUUAAAUACUUCAAAAACGGCACAAAGCUUGUUUAAGCCCUUUCCUUGUAACCAAUUGGCCACAAAGGCACAAUCUUUUCCUCGAAAAUCCUCUAACACCGCGUCCCCCAUGAUAGCUCGUCACGCCAAAGAUUUUACAUGAAAUCGAGGGUGCAGUUCAAAUUCCCCACCCCUAAAGCCUGGGGAUCAAAUUCCCCACCCCCUGGAAGACUCUGAUAAUCAAAUUCCCUCCUCCCCGGGACGGCAAAGGUGUCAAAUGCCCGGGGUAUGCCCGGGGGGGGGCAUGUUGAAGCUUCGAUUUGACCGAUACAUAACACUGAACAAUAGAAAUAUAUAAGAACCAAUCAGCCUCAGGUGUCACAAUCUGCUUGCCCAACUUAUUAAGAUUAUAUCUUAUCUUCUUAGCCAUAGAAGAACAUGAAAGUGAAGUCCUCCAACUUGAAUGUAGCAUGGAAAGCUCUCUGCCAGGUGAAAAAGAGCAAAGUCAUUCAGCAGGUACUGAUAUACCGGUAGUUGUUUAUGGUAGAUGGUAUUUUAUUAUGAAAGUUAAUAAUAUACAUGAAAAAAUUUCUCUGUGAAUUUGAUUGGCGUAGAGCAGUGUACUUUUUAGUAAACACAAUGCAAAAACAAGGAAACAUAAUGCAAAAAGAAAGAAAUAUAAUGCAAAUUUAUCAGAGAAUGGAAAACUGUGAUUGGGCCAAUAAACAAUAGAAAUUUAUCAGAACUAAUUAAGUGCCACAGUUUGCUGGUGGGAAGCAUGUAUACUUUUAAAACUUCCCCCUUUUUGGUGUAAUUAAUUAUGCUCUGUUGUUUUACCUAAGUAAUCUUUCCUUUUUCUUGUAACACUUUUUUUCUCAAUAUUUUAUUUUAUGAAUUUACCUGAUUAUUUUUAUUUAUUUAUUCAUUGUGGGUUGUUUUUGUUUUCAUUUUUGUAACCAAGAUUUUGAAAUUAAUAAAGGUGUGGGUGGGCGUGUGUGUGUAACAAAUAAGAAUGUUAAAACUUUCAUAUAUAUAUUUUUUACAUGGACUCAAAAGAGCAGCUAUAUAAUCAGUGAUUUUGUUACCUCUGCAUUCUAUCUAUGUUCCUUACACAUAAAAAUCGCCAAAGACAUAAAAUAAUUCAUGGAUAUAUCGAUCUGAACGUGUGUAUUUGUAGAAAUAUCCCGUACAUGUAAUUUCUGUGGCAGUUAUGGUUGUUGUUUAGUGAUGCAUAUUUGUUUUAGCCUUUGUUGACUUCUGCUUUAAAAUAGAAGAACUAUAUUUUAAUUUCAGUAUACUAUAAUACAGAGUUUUGGAGUGUGUCUUCAGAUUAACUGUCUGUGGCUGGUACAUAAAGGCCCAAACAUUUUCCAUUUUGGACUCAUUUUUUUUAACUGGGACUCAUGAUUUCUCACAAGAUGAGUCCCAGAAUUCAUCAUAUUUAUUUGUAACAAAAACACUGUAUAAUUCAUUGAUUAGACCUUUUGUCAUGUAAUUCAAGUGUUGUUGUUGUGGUAAACAUGACAAGUCAUCAUGUCUGUACUUAAUUCUCCAUGACUGGAUUGUAGGAUUUUUGUUCUGUUUGUAUUUGAUCGUGCGUUAUUAUUAUGGGAAAAUUUACCUUAGGGUUGCAUUACUUUGACUAGGACAAAGUUCAAAUACAUUGAAUUCUCAUAGAGAUAAUUAUUUUUUUGGAUUAUAAUAAUGAGUUCAUUGGUUGGGUCACCCCCAUUAUAUUUGAUGACUGGUUUAUGAAAUAUCAGCACUUAGAAAAUGAUUGUCAAGGUUGUUGUAUUAUCCGAAGUUUCAAAAGUAGAAAUAUUGUGUAUUUUCUAUUUGAAAUCAGGUUUUGAGAACACUUCCACAGAUACAGCUUUAUAAUAGUAAUUCUUGUACAGUUAUACAAGCAUGCAGUACUAGGGUGCGAAGAAAAGGAGGUCAGUUUUGUGCUUGUCCUUCGGGAAGGCUGUAGCUUGCAUCUGUUAGCCCAAGAAUCACAACUCUAUUAUCCCUCAGGCAUGAUAAAAAAUAGAAUCCACUAGCCCCAUAGCUUAUAUGAAUUGUGUAGUUGGUUAAUACAAAUAAUUCAUUUACUAGGAGAAGAGUUGGAACAACACACUCCUGCAGUAGAAAAUGGCCCAAUUGAGGGAGCAAGCAAUGUGCAGGAAACACAGCAACCUCUUCCAGAAGUAAAUAAUAGUAGCCACUUAGAAGAUGACCGCCUAAUUGCUAGAGCAAGGGCAGUUGGUGUGGACUAUGAGUUUCCAAAGCCUGGUGAAGUGGAAACGGAGGAUGACAGAAGAAAAUUUUUAUUUACUUGA